AUGACUAAGGUUCCAUCUCAGGAAAAGAAAAAAUUGGAUCAAAUUAAGAUCAUCCCUCAGUCAAGAGCUCCAUUGCUGAUAUCUACAGGAACAGAUAUUGAUGAUAAUUUUGGAGUUAAUAAUAUUUCUGGUAAUAUUGACAGUACAAUUAUGUUCAAAUUACCUCCAAUUGAAUUCAUACAGAAGAGUUCAGGUCUAAAACUACCUUCAAAUUUGAAUUACUGCUUUGUGCUAUAUUCAAUGGAUAAAGCCAUUUUGUCAAAUGAUUGUAAAGAUAUACCAUUACAGUCUUUUCAAUUUUUUAAGGAUUGUUAUUUGAAGAAGAACAAUUCGGAAUUUGAUCUACAAAGAUAUUUUCAAAUUUUAGAAGAUCCUUCACAUUCUUGGGAUUCGGAUGUCAAAAAUAAUAGACAUCUUAGUUCCAUAAAUGAAUCUGGCUUGGAAGGUAUUACUAUUUUGAGCACCACUGCAGGAACAAGUCAUUCAGUGGUCGCAGCCACAGAAGCAACAAUGAGUACAGUUAUCGAUGAAGAACCCUAUUUACAUCUUACAAUAUUUCCAAAGGUAAUACUUUUCAAUAAGACAACCCAAUCUUUGCAUACUUAUAAACUGAUUAAUGCGCAUUUAAAAUGCUUUACCACUGUCCUGGAUAAGUUCAAAGUUGGUCAAAUUGUUGAUCUCUAUGUUAAUUUAUACAAAAUAAUAGAAUCGUAUGUUGAUAUAAUAUUCAGAGAUUUAACAAUAAAAUGGUUACAAUGGAUAAGAUUGAUAAGAGAAGAUAAUGUUUGUUGUAGAGCUUCAAUUAGAAUAUUACAUAGUAAAUUGAAGAAGCGAUUCUGGGAUAAUCAUUUCAUAUUUAAACAAUCGAAUUCAUUCUCAAUAGAUAAUUUUACAAUGUCUUUAAAAAAUCUAAGUGAUACUCAUAUAAAUGAUAAAAAGUUUUUAAACUUAAUAGGUUAUGGCAUUUGGCUAGAUUCUACAAAUGGUAUAUUAAUAUUCGGGAAUAGUAUUAUAUCGCAAGAUCAAAACAUUAAUAAUGAACCAUCUUCAAUAUAUUCAAUGCCAACUUUCGGAAUAUGUAUAGAUGAUUAUCCAGUACCUGAAAUUAUAAACAAAAUAUUACUCUUUGUAAAUUUUGCAAUCUUGGAAUGCUUCAAAAAAGAGAUCAGUUCAUCCUCUAGCUACUGUUGA